CCUGAAGAUCCGAGCAUGCUGACCCGCGUCGCCAAGUCCAUCGGAAUCCGCGCCAUCCCAGCGCGCACGUUUGCCUCCAUCUCCACUGGUGAGAAAGGUUUGAACGAGCUCCUCGAUCGAAACAAGAAGUGGGCCGCCAAAGUUCAGCAAGAAGACCCACAGUAUUUUGCCAAGUUGGAACACCAACAAGCUCCUGAGGUGUUGUGGAUCGGAUGCUCGGACUCUCGUGUGCCCGCCAACCAAAUCCUCAGCCUGCCACCUGGUGACGUGUUUGUGCAUCGUAACAUUGCCAACCAAUUCAACAACACGGACUUGAACGCUUUGUCUGUGUUGGAGUACGCCGUCAAGUACUUGAAAGUCAAGCACAUUGUCGUGUGCGGUCACUACGGGUGUGGUGGUGUGAACGCGGCCCUGACGCAAAAGGAGUUUGGUCUCGUGGACAACUGGCUCCGCAACAUCAAAGACUUGUACAUUACGAACCAAGAACACUUCGAGAGUAUCACAGACGAAAAAGAACGCCAGGACUUGAUGACCGAACUCAACGUGGCGAAAUCAGUUUACAACGUGUGCCACACGCGCAUUGUCCAAAACGCGUGGCUCGAAGGUCAAGAACUCAACGUCCACGGGUGGUGCUACCGGUUAAAGGACGGGAUCAUCCGCGAUCUCAAGAUUCGCGUGACCGGCGAAGACCAGGUCGAAGCCAUUUACCGCAAAAUGCUCGACAAGGAAAAGGCCGAAACUUAAGUGCUGAUCUACCGCUGGGGCUUGCUACUAUGAGGCACCUCCUAAAGAACAAUGCAUGCUUCGACUGUCCUGA